AGAAUAAUAUUGUGAUUUUACUUCACUCAUGCCGCGUGCCAUCUCUUUAAGCUCGCGCGUGAGGAAUCUUGUGCCGUGUCAAGCGCGCGCGGCGUCUCGCGCAGCAGAAUUAAACGAGAUCAUUUUUUAAAACACAGAUACAUGUUCCGUUUUCAGUCUUUUGACGAUGACUGCACCCUGGAGGAGGAGGAAGGGUUGGUAGAGGAAGAAGAUGAAAUUGACCAGUUCAAUGAUGACACUUUCGGAGCAGGGGCAAUCGAUGAUGAUUGGCAGGAGGAGCACGCCCGCCUGGCAGAGCUUGACGAGCUCGUUCGAGAUGUGCCGCCGGGAGCGACCGAUGCCUCCUCCGGUGACCUCCCUCCUGCUGGCAGCAAUGCCAACCCUUCGGCUCUCCCGCCACCUUCCUCUUCCUCCCGGCUUUACCCUGACAUAGAUGAGCGGGCUGGCGGUGACCUGGCGGAGUCAUUGACUCGUCUCAUCUUGGGCUCGGAUCCUGCUAUUGCUGGAGUGGGCACUGCCAGCUCGGACAGAUCUCACUUUCCUCCGAAGCUGUCCGGUCAGGCUCCUCAUCCCUCGGCAUUAGCUGGACAGUCUCUGAUGAGGAGCUACCAACAUCACCAGCAUCUCCUGCACAGAGGGCCGGCUCCUCUUUCACAGAUAAACUCUCACAGUAUUUGGGAGAACAGUAUGGGCUUCGGUCCUGUUAACUCUGGACUAGUCAAUCAAAAAGAGGACAAAACACUUAUGUCCAUUAUCAAAGAGGUCGGGCUUCCAAAUCGGCCUCCCACACUCAGCAGAGAAGAAGGGCGAGAUUUGUCCGAAAGGGUUCCGCCGCCUCGCUCCUCCUCACCUGUGAUUGGAAGUCCACCUGUAAGAGCUGUACCUAUUGGAACGCCUCCGAAACAGCCCAUGAGUCAAGUCCUCAACCAGCAGAAUAAUCACCCUUCAGCCGUUCACGUGAGAGCCUCUGUGCCACUGCGCUACCCUCCUCCCUUCCCUGAGCGUCUGUCCCCCAACAACCUGCUCAGCAUCGCUAACUCGCCGUUGUCUCAUCCUCCAUUCCCUGCUGGUGUUGGUCCUGUUUUGUCUCAGAUACAGAGAGCCCAACUGCUCAACUCUCAGGUUGGUCAGUUCCAGCGUGGUCCAGCUCCUCCAUUAUUACAGGGGGGUGUUGGGGGUUUCAGGCCGUUCUUUGGGCAGUCUGGUCCUAGAAUGGGUCCCCAUGGGCCUCCUCUCGGCCACGCACCCAUCAGGCACAACACCACCCACCUGCACCCACAGCACCGCAGGAUGCUCAACCAGAGGAUGCAGAACAGAGGCUCAGGUGAUCACAUGAGAGGUGUUGGAGACAGGAAAAACAGAGAUCCUUACAGCAAUCUAAUGACUCAAAGAGAGAAGGAAUGGGUAGCAAGAAUCCAAAUGAUGCAGCUUCAAAGCACCGAUCCAUAUUUGGAUGACUACUAUUACCAGAAUUAUUAUGAGAAAAUGGAGAAGCGCCAGGAGCGGGACAGAGACAACAGGAAGGAACAUACCACCAAACUCAUCACUCCUCAGGUGGCCAAACUGGAGCACACUUAUCGUCCAGUGCAGUUUGCCGGCUCAUUAGGAAAACUCACUGUCUCCAGUGUCAACAAUCCAAGGAAAAUGAUUGAUGCUGUGGUAACCACCCGCAGUGAUGAUGAGGAAAAAAGAGAGAAGCAAGUGUGGAAUAAAAGACGACAAAUCCUUUACACUGUGGAGAAGAUGUACAGUCUACUGCUAGAAGUGCAAGACUUUGAGAAGAAAUUCUUGCAAACCCCUGAGCACCAAAGAGAUGCCCUGCUAGAACAGCAUAAAACCCACACGCUGCAGCUCUACAACUCCCUCCGAGAAAAAGAGUGGGACGACCGAGUGAGCGAUGAGCAGUGCUUGAUGAUCAUGUCUGUGCGUAAGGGGAAACGCCUCAUCUCCAGACUCCUCCCCUUCCUGCCACAGCCACAGGCGGCUGCUGUUGUCAUGGGAAUAGCUAGGAACCUUCCAGCCCUGGCCAAGAAAGACAAACAAGACCAGGUUCUGUGUUGGUUGGUGGAGCCAGUCACAGCGGUUAUCCAGUCCAUGUCGAGUACCUCCCUCACCGAUCUCCUUCAGGAGCUACAGGGCAGGGAAGGACAGCUUCCCCUCGUGCUGCAAAACAAGUUUGGCGUGACGCUGCUGUAUCUGAUUCUGAGUGAAGGAGAGAGGAUGCAGAGCUCGGAUCCCAACUGUCAGCUCAUGGAUGACAACCGCUGGACUGAGUUGGUGUUCUCUGUGACCCGGGAGCUUUUGAAGGUCCCGUCCUCUGCGCUCUCGUCACCGCUGUUCACUCCUCCAAAUCUAGUGUCGCUGUUCUCUCGAUACGUGGACCGGCAGAGACUUGAGCUCUUGCAGGAGAAGCUACAGAUCACAUCUCUGUCCAGGUAGAAGUGACUUCAGACGUGGCAGUCGUUGAGAGACGGACUGUUAGUGUAUUUGUGAAUGAGCAGUUUUAUGUGUGAUUAUGUGUUGGCGGGUGAGGCCGGGUCACUUUUCCUUUCUUGUUAUAAGAGUCACAAUAGCUAAGAAUAAUGUUUAAUGGUAAUACAACUGUUGUCCAUAGGUUUGUCAAUAAAGGCGAUCAGGUAUAUGUAUUUUAGCUUUUGUUAGGGUCAGGAGCCAGGACAGGGACCUCAUUGUGUGGUGACAUUUCCCUGUGAAAUGGCUCAAUCAUGACAACAUCAGACCUUAUUUAUAACACUUAGAUUUGAGGAGAAAUUUGCUGUACAUUAAUAUCUUAAUUUUUCUUAUACACUGCAGCUUGAGGUAUGUCUGCAAAAGAGUGACUGUGCAAGUGUGUCUGUGAGUUUAAAUGAAGGUUUAAACAAAGGUAUUCUUCAUUUUUAAGUAUCUUGACUUGAUGCCUGUGUUAAAACAUGAAAUUAAAACUUUCUAUUAUACACA